CCUUCGGCGCCCAAGUACACAUAUUUAACAAGGCUUUCACAGGUGUUUCGGGCAUUUCCAGGGGUAGUUUAAUGGCCCUGCUGGUUGUUUAACUCUCCUUCUGUACCAUGAAUGUGAAAGAAAACUCACAAAACCCCGAUUAAUCUCCAUUUUAACCUUUGAAAAUAGUUGAUUUGCGAGAUGGCAAUGUCUGUGAACACCGCCCCAGCUGGUCAGGUCAGGGUCACUAAUACACUCUCCGGGCUACCCUCCAGCCAUACCCCACGUGUCUAGUACCUGAUUGUUUGUGCUACCAGUGAUAUUUUACGAUGUAUAGUAAAAAACGGUGCGCAGUUCUGAAUUGCAGGGGGAACAGGGGCAAAGGCGGGCCAGAAGUCCACGUGUUCGCCUUCCCUAAAAAUAAGUCAGUCUCCCAGAGGUGGUUAGAGGCCAUUAAGACUUAUAGGACAGACUUCACACCCAGCAAGCAAAGCAAGAUUUGUGAACUGCAUUUUAGGCCCAAGGACAUCAUGCGAAAGGAAGCAGACGGCAACGAUAAGACAGGAAGGAUGAGAUGUCGCCUCCGUCGCAGGGCUGUUCCUUCCCUACUCCUCAACUGCCCUGACUAUUUACUGGGACCUGGACAUGUUAGCAAAGGCUCCGGCAGUGGACAUGUUACAAAACACUCUGGCAGGAGGAGAACAAGGAGGGAGCAAUCUGCUAUACUGGUUGCAAUGGGGAGAAAUAUGGCAGCUAAGUUGAAGGAGAAGACAGCUGCCGCUGCUACUGCUGCUCCUGAGGACCAGGGUGAGGACAGGCCAGGCCCCAGCCCACCAGCCUCAGCCACCAAGGUUGUUCCCUCUCCAACAUCGUCAGGGUCUUCACUCAUCACCCGGUCCAGGGCCCGGAGACAGGCUAAGACGGAGGAGGCUGUGCUGAAGACCAUCCAGCAGUGUGAGGACCAGCAGCUGAAGCCAACCGGAGACAGGGAGAGGCAGGCCUUUACAGAGUGGAUCCGGUCCGUCACCCUGGACCUGGACCACCGGCUGUGGCGUCACUUCCAGCAGCAGAUCACCAAACUCAUGUUCCAGUUCAUAGACAAGAAUGACAAAGUGAAGACUCGGGAGCCUGCAGCAGCAGCAGCAGCAACAGCAGCAGCAGCAGCAGCAGCAGCAUGCUCAGGCUGCUCAGGCUGCUAGCCAUCUCAUCCCACCUCCUUAGGCAUGUGGCAGCCUUUGACCUCCCAGAGGCCGCCCAGCCAACCAGUCAGCCAGGUGUCAGUAUGGCAUUUCUGGGACCCGCAGUGGGUGGCCCAGCAGCUCCAUCCUCGGCAGCAAUUCACCAACAUCCAACAGUAUGGGCUCCAACACCAUCAUUAGGACCUGGAUCUUCUUCAUGCUCCAGGGAGGGCAUGCAGGCCAGCACUCCAGUGCUGUCAGCAGAAAUGAUGAACAAGUCCCAGGGCAGCCAAGACUCCUCCCACCUCAGCCAGUUCCUCCGGGGCACCCCAGGGCAUGGGCAUCAUCAUCAUCAUCAGCAGGAGCAACAAUCCUUGGAGCAGGAGCAGUCACGCCGGCAGCAGGACACGCGUGGAGGAGAUGAUGAUGAUAAAUAGUGCUCUGAUUUGUCUUGUUUCCAAGUCAUGAUACACUGUCAAUAAAUUGUUGGAAUGUUGAAACUGAAAUGGUGUUUGGUUUACAAUAAGUGAAAUUGUCUCCAUUAAAUAUUUGAUAUCAAUCCAUUUCCUCAACAUUUAUUUCAAAAUCUGUUGACAAUCCAUCUUCUGUUUUUUUUAUAAAAAAUAUUGUUUAUGUAAUAAUUUCUAAGUUUAUUAACAAUCCUUCCUUUAGUUUACAAUAAAGGAAAUUUUUUAUAAUAUAUUUAGUUUGAAAUUUAUUAUCAGUCCUUCUUCUGGCUUACAAUUAAUGAUGUUUUUAUAACAAUUUUUUAAAUUCAUUCUCAUGACAGUCAACCUGUCCUGCCAGGGUACAGCACCACCUGGGCUGCUGGAGUACAGCUUCAGGACCGUGCUCCCUCUGUCCCUCGGCUGCUGCUGUGUCCCUGUCGUGCCUUUGACAUUGGUGGCACCGUGCAUGUUAACAUUGUUCCUGGACAGCACCCUGUUGGCCAUCUUGGUUGUCCCUCAUCCUGGGACAGCGACUUCUCAUCAGGUUGUAGAGGCAGAUACAGGCUUCUGUUAUGGUCUUUAUUAUGUCUGGUCCUUGCUGCAUUGUAGUGAGGAGUGCCAGCCACUUAUGAGCAAGAAUCCCAAAGGCAUUUUUGACCACACGGUGUCCUCUGGAAAAUCUGUAGUUGGUAAUCUGCUCCUCUAUGGUUCUUCAGGUUCUGCUUGGAGUAAGGCUUCAUGUGGUGGGUCUGGAGCCCAAGUGCGUCUUCCCCCAGGAUGAAAUACGGAGUGUACCGGUCAUCAUUAGGCAAAGGAUCAGGAGCCGAGAAGCCUGCGGUGCCAUUCUCCAUGCACUCCUUCAGUUCAGGGGCAUUGUAUAUCUGGGCGUCAGACGUUGAGCCACAGCCACCAACUGCAAUUCAGAGGAACUUGUAUUGUGAAUCCACGGGCACAAGGAGUACAAUGGAAAGGAGCCCCUUGUAGUUGUGGGACAGGGAGCCAGUGUUGGGCGGCCACUGAUAGCAACAUGCUUGCCAUCAGGUCACCACAGGCAUGGGGAACUUUCCACUUUGUCUGUGUCAUCUGCUACGGGCUGCCAUUCUACAAGGGUGAUUGGACAGACCAUCAGCUCACACUUGCAUUCUUCAGCAGUGGCCUGGCAAAAUUCUGUGAUGGUGUUGAUGGUGUUACGGGCCACUCAUAUUGUAGUGUGAGGUACAUACUUGUCGCCGGUUGACAAAUAGUGAAGGGUGACAGCAAGUUUGAGACCAGGCUCCAGCGCUUUUCUGUAUCUAUUGUCCUGCUUAGAUACUGGGUGUUGACCUCGUUAGAAGUUCGUCAAACAUCUCUGGUGGCACGCGGAAAGUUGGAAAGUGCUUUAGUCAGUGCAACAUCUGUGGUCAUAUGCCGGAGAGACACAGAAGGGGAAGGAAUUAUAGGAGAUGGGAACAGAUCCCAGGAGACGGGACACA